CUCAAUUCUUGCACGUACAGUCUGAGUGGGAGCAGCGCACACGGACCAAGGUACUCGUGGAUGUAGCGAGACGCAGGGCUCAGGACUCUGUACAGCGCAAUUCCAACACAAAUGGAUAUUUCCGGGGCUUUGUUAUACCUUUUCCUUUUUUCCGAACCAGUUUUGGCUUUUGGGUCAGAUGAAGACUACCAAAUUGAUAUAAUUAAUGAACUUGACUUGGCAAAUGCUACCUAUGGAAUUACCCAAGUGGCCGGGCUUCACAAUAGCAGCAAAGCCUUCAUAUUUCGAGAUCUUGGGAGAGCAGUUCAAGCCCCGGCACACAUCACAGAGAAAGUCAUGCAGCUAUUCAGGAGAAAAAGUGAAUUUACCUUUAUAGCCUCCAUCCAACAGAAGUCCUCAACAUCAGGUGUCAUAUUCUCCAUCCAUGAGUCAGAACACAGCUACUUUCAACUGGAGAGCAGCGGCGUUAGAGAGGAGAUCCGUUACCACUACCGCAUUAAAGGCAAGCCCCGCUCAGAGUCCUUCCCCUACCGUCUUGCUGAUGGCCAGUGGCACAAAAUUGCCCUCACUAUAAGCUCCUCCCACCUACUGCUGCACGUCGAUUGUAACAGGAUUUAUGAGCGGAUUAUAGACCCUCCUCAGAUGGAGUUCACCCCAGGAAGUGGAGUGUGGCUGGGCCAGCACAGCCACAAGCACGGCCUAUUCAAGGGCAUUAUCCAGGAUGUGAAGUUUGUUUUUGCUCCCAAUGGCUACAUCACCCAGUGCCCAAACCUUAACCGUACCUGCCCAACCUGUAGUGAUUUCUUGAGCCUAGUGCAAGGCAUUAUGGACCUGCAGGACCUACUCGCCAAGAUGACCCUCAAGUUAAAUUACGCCGAGUCCAGGCUGACUCAGCUUGAGGGAUGUCACUGUGAGAAGACCUGCAGUGCAAACGGCCUCAUCUACAGGGAUAAGGAGCUGUGGGUGGAGCCUGAAAAUUGCAGGAACUGUGCAUGUAAGAAUGGAGUGGUAGAGUGUCGCAGGAUUUUCUGUCCCCCUACAAAUUGCUCAGAGGACUCAUUGCCAGUACAUGUGGAUGGGUCCUGCUGUAAGAAAUGCAGACCAAAAUGCAGUUACAUGGGACAGGUCUUUUCUGAGGGUCAGCACUUUUUAUCCAGGAACUGCAGGGAAUGCAAGAAUGGCCUGAUGGUAAGAGUUACAGAAACCUGUCCAGAGCUCAACUGUUCUGUCAGUGAACAGAUAUUAAGGGAUGGAAGAUGCUGCAAUGUUUGCCAAGGUUAUGACUUCUGUGCAGAGGGGCUCAUCUGUGGAGAAAACUCAAUGUGUAAGAACCGGGAUACUAAAGCAGAGUGUGAAUGCAAGAGUGGUUAUGCCUCCAUUCAUGGGGAUUCUACCUACUGUGAAGAUAUUGAUGAGUGUACAACCCAGAUGCAUUACUGUCAGUCCAACACGGUCUGUGUCAACUUGCCUGGCAGCCAUCGCUGUGACUGUUUGCCAGGCUUCACCCGAGUGGACGAAUACUCCUGCACUGAGCAUGACGAGUGUGCCAGCAGCCAGAACUCAUGCGAUGAGAAUGCCAUCUGCACCAAUACCAUUCGAGGACACCUGUGUACCUGUAAGCCAGGCUAUGUUGGAAAUGGUACCAUCUGCAGAGCUUUCUGUGAAGAGGGAUGUAGGAGUGGCGGGACUUGUGUGUCUCCCAAUACAUGUGUUUGCCCUUCAGGAUUCACAGGACGAUAUUGUGAGACAGAUAUCAACGAGUGUGCUGAGGGCCUGAUUGAGUGUCACAACCAUUCUCGCUGUGUCAACCUCCCUGGCUGGUACCACUGUGAAUGCAGAACUGGUUUCCAUGACAAUGGCUCAUAUCUGCUUGAUGGGAGCUCAUGCAUUGACAUCGAUGAGUGCAGCUUGCAGAAGCACACCUGCUGGAAUGAUAGUGUGUGUGUGAAUCUACCAGGAGGCUACGACUGUGUGUGCACAUCAGGUCCAGGCUGCACUGGGGACUGUCCACAGGAAGAAGUUGUCAGAAGGAACAGAGAAGACUGGAAACCCAGCUAUGACAUCUGCACUCUUUGUUCCUGCAAGGAUGGGCAGACGUAUUGUAGAAGGAAACCAUGUGAGUGUGGAGACCCAGAGGAGGAUCUGUUCUGCUGUCCCAGUUGUGACAACAGACCCAACAGUCAGUGUUUGGACCAGAGUGGCCGCACCCUCUACCGGAGCGGAGCGUCCUGGCUGUAUGGCUGCCAGCAGUGCCGCUGCAUGGAGGGCGAGGUGGACUGCUGGCCUCUGGUUUGUCCUGUGCUGAUGUGCAAGUACACAGCAGUGGCAGAGGGUGAAUGCUGCCCGCGCUGCAUCACAGACCCCUGCCUGGCUGACAGUCUGUCCUAUGACAUUGGACAAACGUGUUCGGACCACGCAGGCAUCACUCGCCUCAGUGGGGACACGUGGCAGAUGCCCAACUCACCUUGCACCAGCUGCAUGUGUAAAAAUGGAAAUGUCUGCUGUUCGGUGGAUCUUGACUGCCUUCAGAACAACUGAAGCUCUGCUUCUUCUCAAUCCUUUCUCUCACUACCUUUCCUGACUCCUCUUGCCACAGGGCCACCACGACCACUCCUUGUUAAACAAUUGAGCCCUUGUUUGUUUGACAGACUUGCACAUUCAUGUGUAUGCCAGUGUGUGCACUGAAAACACAAACACACACUGGUUGAGACAUUGAGUUUUUUUCCACCUGUAACUCUGUUGGCAGGACGUGACUGUGCGUAGCUCUCCAGGAGCCUAAGGUCGAAGCUACUCACCUCCAUGUUGUACGUCUUUGUGAUUUUCUUCUGUUUGACCAAACAUGUUUUAGCGAUUAUCUAUUAUCUUCUAAGCCCCAAACCAGAUACAAAUCACUGACAGCUGUCAUUGAGAGUUUUAAGAACCUGGUAAUGAGGUCAAUGAGAAUUCUUACAGGAUGUUGUAGACAUUCUAUACAAUAUGCAACCAACCACUGUAGACCAGUGUGGCCCACCAAAACACAAACUUUUCUUUGAAAGGAAUCAAUAUGCUUAAAUUAAAGAUUUACAUAUAGCAAUAUUUAAGUUAAAAACACGCACAAUGUGGGGAAAAGUGAGGGUCGAUUGGAUGUGAAAGGAUAAGGCUGCUUAUGGUAAUUGUCAAACAGUGUAAAGAUUUCACAGCAAUAUCUCAAAGUUGACGUGUUGACUUAUGCCAUGCAAUACCAAGCUUUACCUCAAGAAGCAAUAGUGAGUCACUGGAGCUUCUAGUCAGCCCUCACUUCAACAUAAGAGUGAACAAGAGAACAAAACCCAAAUUUAUUUAGAAAACCAGCAAGGUGUUAGCAAUUGACAAAAAAAAAAUAAUAAAAUCCAACCAUUACAAAUGAAUUGUCUUUUUAGUCAUAGUUUUUCUGCGGCAAUGAUCCUAGCUAAAAUAUGAGCUAUGCAAAUAGGGAAAAAAACAUAAUUAUUGAUAUUACUCGUAAGUUAACACUAAAUUCAAAUUGUAUACUCUUGACAUGAAUUCCAUUGUUUUAUUAGAAGUAGAAGGUAUGGAUUUUACAUUGUAACUUCUUACGUAUGCUACCUUUAAAUGCAAUGUGUACAUAUUUGUAAAAAUGUAUAUCCCCUCAAAACGUAAAUCUGAAUAGUCUAGGUUUUUUCGCACAAUAUUUGACAAGGAUAUGUGCACAAAGAUGCUUAGGCCUACACCAGGCCACAGGCCUUUUGAUGUGUGAGUAUUGGCCCUCUCACUGGGGAUGUAGUGGGGACUGAGCUAUUCACAUUUUGCUCUAGAAUUCUUUCUUAAGCUUCAGUGCUUCUCUCUGAUAAAAUUGACUGUCAAAUAACUGCACGUGAUUUCCACAGUGUAUUGAAGCAGUGUGAUGAUGUGCCACAGAACGCUGUCGCCCGGCAGCAGCGGUAGACAUUGAUUAAAUUGCUGGACAUUGAUGUUGGUCAAAUUGCUCUGUCGUACCCAGGGCUGCUGAGCUCUUCAUUUAUGCCACCCAUGCAAUGACAGCAAGACAUAAAAAGGGGAAAGAGAGAUAAUUAAAGCCCCCUUCGUCUGGAUUUGAGUAUGCCAGCAGGUCAUAGUGUGUCAAAUCUGUUUACAGACGGUCACGUUCAUUAAGAUAGAAAAUGUCAGUGCUCUUUCUGCAACACAACAGAUGUUCACACCCCAUAUUCACUUAUGUCCUGUUCUCUAUCAUAUUGAUGUUAGUCUUGAGAGGACUCGUUUUCCUUUAGUGGUCCCUUUCAUCACACUUUGAGUCGAUCGCUGUCAGUAAUAUUUGUUUUUCCCUCAAGAAGUGAGCUGGAUUCUCAACACUAUCUGUGAGCCCUUAAAAUUUAUUAAUGAUGUCAGAUUCUCUUGGACCAUGCAACGUAACAUCUGGUUUGCCAGGGUCACGGUUUUGUAAGAUGACAGUUACUGUAUUCCGUAUGCUUGUCAGUAACAGCAGUGCAGCUUUUUUGCACAGUUCCACUAUCUAAUGAGGUUCAAUACAAAAGCUGUUUAUAAUAAUAAUAAUGGUAUGCUCCUUACAAGGAUAAUAAUGCUCAGUUUUAAUUGUAAUGCCUGGAAGUGGGGCUCGAAGGCGAGCGCCUGGUGGCCGGGCCUGCACCCAUGGGGCCUGGCCGGGCACAGCCCGAAAGGGUAACAUGGGUCCCCCUUCCCAUGGGCUCACCAUCUGUGGGAAGAGCCAUAGGGGUCGGGUGCAGUGCGAGCUGGGCGUUGGCCGAAGGCGGGGACCUUGGCGAUCCGAUCCCUGGCUACAGAAGCUGGGACGUGGAAUGUCACCUCUCUGGCAGGGAAGGAGCCCGAGCUGGUGUGUGAGGUCGAGAAUUUCUGACUAGAUAUAGUCGGACAUGCCUCCACACACAGCUUGGGCUCUGGUACCAGUCCUCUCGAGAGGGGUUGGACUCUCUUCCACUCUGGAGUUCCCCACGGAGAGAGGCGCCGAGCAGGUGUGGGUAUACUUAUUGACCCCCGGCUCGGUGCCUGUAUGUUGGGGUUCACCCCGGUGUACGAGAGGGUAGCCUCCCUCCGCCUUCGGUUGGGGGGACGGGUCUUGACUGUUGUUUGUGCCUAUACACCAAACAGCAGUUCAGAGUACCCACCCUUUUUGGAGUCCUUGGAGGGGGUGCUGGAGAGCGCUCCCGCUUGGGACUCCAUCGUUCUGCUGGGGGACUUUAAUGCUCACGUGGGCAAUGACAGUGAGACCUGGAAGGGCGUGAUUGGGAGGAACAGCCCCCCCGAUCAGAACCCGAGUGGUGUUCUGUUAUUGGACUUCUGUGCUCAUCACGGCUUGUCCAUAACGAAUACCAUGUUCAAGCAUAAGGGUGUCCACACGUGCACUUGGCACCAGGACACCUUAGGUCGCAGUUCAAUGAUCGACUUUGUGGUCGUGUCAUCGGACUUGCGGCCGCAUGUCUUGGACACUCGUGUGAAGAGCGGGGCGGAGCUGUCAACUGAUCUCCACCUGGUGGUGAGUUGGCUCCAAUGGUGGGGGGAAAUGCCGGUCCGACGUGGCCGGCCCAAACGUAUUGUGAGGGUCUGCUGGGAACAUCUGGCAGAAUCCCCUGUCAGAAGGAGUUUCAACUCCCACCUCCGACAGAACUAUGCUCAUGUUCCGGGGGAGGCGAGGGACAUCGAGUGGGGGGUGGUUCGUGAGUAUGGGGUACCGAACCCCCUGAUACGGGCUGUUCGGUCCCUGUACGACCGUAGUCAGAGUUUGGUCCGCAUAUCCGGCAGUAAGUCGGACUCGUUUCCGGUGAGGGUCGGACUCCGACAAGGCUGCCCUUUGUCACCAAUUCUGUUCAUAACUUUUAUGGACAGAAUUUCUAGGCACAGACGAGCCAUAGAGGGGGUCCAGUUUGGUGGCCUCAGUAUUGCAUCUCUGUUUUUUGCAGAUGAUGGGGUUCUAUUGGCUUCAUCAAGCCGUGACCUCCAACUCUCACUGGAGCAGUUUGCAGCUGAGUGUGAAGCGGCUGGGAUGAGAAUCAGUACCUCCAAAUAUGAGACCAUGGUCCUCAGUCAGAAAAGGGUGGCGUGCCCUCUCCAGGUCGGGGAUGAGAUCCUGCCCCAAGUGGAGGAGUUCAAGUAUCUUGGGGUCUUGUUCACGAGUGAGGGAAGGUUGGAACGGGAGAUCGACAGGCGCAUCGGUGCAGCGUCUGCCGUGAUGCAGACUUUGUAUCGAUCCGUUGUUGUAAAGAAGGAGCUAAGCCGAAAGGCGAAGCUCUCGAUUUACCGGUCGAUCUACGUUCCUACCCUCACCUAUGUUCACGAGCUAUGGGUCGUGACCGAAAGAACAAGAUCCCGGAUACAGGCGGCCGCAAUGAGUUUCCUCCGCAGGGUGUCCGGGCUCUCCCUUAGAGAUAGGGUGAGAAGCUCGGUCAUCCGGGAGGAUCUCAGCGUAGAGCCGCUGCUCCUCCAUAUCGAGAGGAGCCAGAUGAGGUGGUUGGGGCAUCUGAUUCGGAUGCCUCCCGGAUGCCUCCCUGGUGAGGUGUUCCGGGCACAUCCCACCGGGAGGAGACCCCAGGGACGACCCAGGACACGCUGGAGAGACUACAUCCUUCGGCUGGCCUGGGAACGCCUCGGGAUCCCCCCGGAAGAGCUGGAUGAAGUGGCUGGGGAGAGGGAAGUCUGGGCGUCCCUGCUAAAGCUACUGCCCCCGCGACCCGACCUCGGAUAUGCGGUAGAAAAUGGAUGGAUGGAUGGAUUUAAUUGUAAUGUGCACGUGUAGAGCUCCAUUGCAUCAUGCUGAUAGAUGCUCAUUCACUUGCCCCAACUUAUAUCUACAUCUGAGGGAAUCCAACUUUUGACAGUCAUACAGUCACAGGCCACAUCCUUAACCUUUUGAGAGCACCCUAUUUAGCCACAAUAGAGGUGUAAAAUAUUAGACACACCUCAGUAUGAUAUAAUUCUGUACCACUGCAAACUACAAAAAUUAACAUUACAUUAAUACUUUCCUCUGAAUUAAACUGCUAAAAUUGUUAUGUUUGUAUAUGCAAAAUAUCCGAAAAUAUAAUGUUGAUAGUAUUUGUAUAUCAUUGGUUUGUGCAGGUCCACCUCCCUCAUAAGGCGGUUAGUUCGUUUAUCAACAGCAUUUUUACGCUGUGGACAAAUUCAACCUAGCAACUUCCAAAUAUUUCAUUUGGUUAUUUUUUAUUCUUACGAAGGGACCUAAAUUAGAGACAAAGCUCAACAGAAUUGCAUGUGCAUUCUUCAAUUUCCAAAAUUCCCCUUCCUUUGACCUUCCUGUGUUGUGCAUGUGAAACCUGAAGGGUCAUCUUGUGAUAGGUUGUGUCAUUGUGCCUCCGGAGCGGACGGUGGCAUGGAGAGAGCUGCGCCACCGCUUUUAGUUUUCAGUCACGGUGACCUUGUCUCGUCUGUUCACCAUGGCAUAUAUUCGUAUCUCAUAGGAGCGUAUCUUUAUGUAUCUUCCUUCCCCACUACCGCGUUUGUAAAACUGAAUUUGUUAACUGUGCAGUCAGCAUACAAAUGAAAAAAAAAAAAGUUAUAUUCAUGGUAUCUGUUCUCAUUGAAGUUCAACACAGCAGUCAAAUGCAGACAUUUGUAAAAACAUCACUGAACAUCCCUUUUCUGGGCACGCUGUUGAUUUAUUUGAUAUGGGGGGGAAAAAACUACUGUAAACACAUUGCAAGUCUGUGUAAAUGUUUUUACAUACUGACGAUAUGAUGAAAGUAUCCAUUUUUCUAUUACUAUUGUAUUCAUGCUUAAUGUGUUCCUUUUAGUGACUACUUUUUUUCCCUGUAUGAUUGCUCGUUUCACUGUAAAUAGAUUCUAAAGUGAAGGGGUCUGUAAAGAAUAUAGAGACUAAUGUGAAUAAUUCUCAUUAACUAGAGCUUCUUAGGAGUGUUUUGAGUCCAGUAUGAGAAGCAAGUUGUAUAUUGUUUUUAUUCCUAGUUAUUUUUCUGUUUGCCUUAACCCUUUUAGUAACUGCCAUAGUUUUUCUCUUCACCGUUUUAGAACAACUUUAUGGAUUAGACUAGUCUGUGUGUUUGUGUUCGACUGACUAAUCACUACACUGACAAGCCUGAUGGGAGACAUCUCUGUAGGAUAAUCAGACAAAAUAAAACUGUACACAUACAAAAAGAAAGAAGGGAAAAAAAUCUAAAUUCAGUGUUGAGAAAAAAAUGUUCCUGAGUCAUUUCCACAACAAAACAUGCCAUUGUGUUGCUCUAUUAUGUCUAACUUGGAAAAAAAAUAAAGAAAAAGAAAGAGCUUUGGACCGUCUCGAUCCUGAUAUGCUUCGUCAUGUUUUUGAUAGAUGAACACACUGGAAAAAUUCACUCAGUGCAUUAACUGUUCUUGUACUCAAAGGGUUAAGUGUCAUUUGACUUGAAGACUGUGUUGUGAUAAGAGUUUGCUGUAAAACAUUCUGCAGUUAAUAAAUAUUUUAGUUGUUUA